CACCCGGUUGUGAAAGUGGUGUGUUGAAAAACGUGGAUUGCAUUGCGAACUGAAGAAAUUGUAGUUGCUGUGCAUGUUCAACUUAAUGUCUGUAUUUACAUUUUAAAGACACGUCUUUUGUUGACGAUAAUGGAAGAAGACAUAGAUGCUGGUGAUUACCCGAGUGAGAUUGACGAGCAACUUACUGGGUUCCACACGUCGUUGUGCUCGGUAAACGAUGCCGUGCAAAAGCUGAUGGCAGUCUCUAGAUCUGACCAACAGUUGGAACCACUGGAGCAAGCGAAAUUGGAUUUGAUGUCUGUGUAUGCUCUGAAUUCAUUGUUUUGGAUGUAUUUGGUGACACAAGGAGUCAAUCCAAAAGACCAUGCAAUUAAACAAGAACUGGAGAGAAUACGAACGUACAUGAACAAAGUGAAAGAGAUCACGGACAGGAAGAAGGCAGCGCGGCUGGACAAAGGCGCUGCGGGCCGCUUUGUCAGGAACGCACUGUGGCAGCCAGAGGAGGGACAGGAGGCAACGGAAGCCCACAAUCCACAAGCAGAGGGCACUGAACGCGCUCCCGAAGCAAGGCAUUCUGAGCAUUCUCAGAGAGGAAAGCGUAAUGACGGGCACAAAGGCAAGCACAGUCAACGCGGUCCCAAGGCAAAGCACAUGAGAUUCACAUGAGGAUUCUCCAACUCUCAAUAUGAAUGUGGGCCGCAUUUUAUCAGUGGACUGGUGAUGAAGGCAUGUUGAAGGGUUUCGUUGUUGACUUAAGGACUUGCUUUUUCCCCCAUAAUGCCCUCCUUCCUUUAACAUGAGGAUGACUUGUUUUUACUUCUUUUUUUUCUUAUGUCAACAAAUCCCGUAUAUUUCCGGACUUUGCGUUAAAGUGAAUAAGGAAUGUUUAGAAGGAUGUUUUUUUUAAAAAGGCAUGGUGAUAUGGUCAAUAAAUGCCUUGUACAGCUCUUUAA